AUGUCGAGUCGCAUCGCUCUCGAGCGCGCGCUCCGACGGUCGCUCGCGCGCGAGCGCUCCUACGUCGCUCGAUGCGCCUCGACGCGAUCGAACGACGCCAAGUUUGUUGAGCGCACACAACGCGCGGAGAAAAAGUCAUCUCUGACCUCAUCGUCGACCGCACGCGCGCCCUACGUCGCCGCGCUCGGUGAUACCGUGCGCAAGGUGAAACUCUUAUCGUUAGCUUCGCUCGGGGCGUGCGUGGUCGGGACACCGGCGCUGAUUGAGUUGACGUCACCGAGUUUGGUGUUCGAGGCCAAGGCGGCGGCGUGCGGUACGGUGAUGUCGUUUGGGAUGUUCACGACGGUGCUAUUACAGUGGUUCGUCAGCCCGUACGUGAAGACGAUGCGUAUUGAGAAGGGUGGUGAAAUCGGGGCGGAGACGAGAGUGCGGGCGACGAAGUUUGGUUGGAAUGCGAGGACGUACGAGACGACGUUCGCCGCGAGCGCAAUGCGCGAGUCCGAGUCUUCCAGGCCGCUCGUUUCGUGGGAGGCGGACGGUCGACUGUUUUACGUCGAGAUGGGUGGAGUCCCAAAGUAUAUGUACGACGAACUCGAUCUCGUGCGGUUCGACGACCAGGCGAAGGCGGAGGCGGCGGCGGAAAAGAUGAAGGAGGAGGAGCUGGAUGAUUAA